GUAGGCUCUUGCCAAGUAGGCGUUCAUUCGGAUGCGGCGUCGGCUGUUUCUGCAUCUUGUUUUGGGACGAAUAUUCCGACGAUUUUAGGUCCUUUUAGUCCUCCAGGGUAAAUCAUGCCGUCUGUUCCUUCAUCCAAUGAAACGUCCGUCAAAAGCCCCAAGUGCCCACACGCUGCCAAGCUGCACAGCCACGACAAYGGAGACACCAAGCUCCAGGAGGGCUCGUUCCCAACCAACGGAGUGGAAAAGGUGACCGUGGUGGAGAGCCACGAAGGCUCCAACAGGACCAUUCAGAUCAGCACAAAGAACACAAGUCCUGAGAGGAAAUGGAUCCGACCGGACCUCCCCAGCCGCUGCACAUGGAGCAUGGGAGCCUCCAAUGCCGACUCCCCUCAUGCACAAAUUCCCAGGGACGUCUCUCCUACCAUCCUUCCAAACAUCCUGCACAGAAUCGGUGACACACCCUUGGUGCGAAUCAACAAGAUCCCCAAAGCGUUUGGACUCAAAUGUGAAAUAUUGGCCAAGUGUGAGUUCUUCAACGCUGGAGGAAGUGUUAAGGACCGGAUCAGCCUGCGGAUGGUUGAGGACGCUGAGAGAGCUGGGAUCCUCAAGCCUGGAGACACGAUUAUAGAGCCCACCUCUGGAAACACGGGUAUUGGACUGGCUCUGGCUGCAGCUGUAAAAGGCUACCGUUGCAUCAUCGUCAUGCCUGAGAAAAUGAGCAUGGAGAAGGUGGAUGUCCUGAGAGCUCUCGGAGCUGAGAUCGUCCGUACACCUACCAGCGCUCGCUUCGAUUCGCCCGAGUCUCAUGUAGGCGUGGCCUGGCGCCUGAAGAAUGAGAUCCCCAACUCCCACAUCCUGGACCAGUACCGCAACCCAAGCAAUCCCCUGGCUCACUACGACACCACGGCUGAGGAGAUCCUGGAGCAGUGUGACGGUAAAGUGGACAUGCUCGUAGCUGGUGCYGGUACAGGCGGGACGAUCACAGGCAUCGCUCGCAAACUGAAGGAAAGAUGCCCUAACAUCAAAAUUGUUGGUGUUGACCCAGAGGGCUCCAUCCUGGCUGAGCCCGAUGAGCUCAACAAGACCGAUAAGACACAGUACGAGGUGGAGGGAAUCGGAUACGACUUCAUCCCCACUGUUCUUGACAGAUCUGUUGUUGAUACUUGGUACAAAAGCAAAGACGAGGAGUCCUUCAACAUGUCUCGCAUGCUUAUCCGAGAUGAAGGCCUGCUGUGCGGAGGAAGCUCCGGGACGGCCAUGGCUGCAGCUGUGAACGUGGCCAAAGAGCUGAAGGAGGGUCAGCGCUGUGUGGUUAUCCUGCCAGACUCCAUCCGCAACUACAUGUCUAAGUUCCUGAGUGACAAGUGGAUGGUUCAGAAGGGCUUCCUGAGGGAAGAGGACCUGAUGGUGAAGAAGCCAUGGUGGUGGAACUUGAAGCUGCAGAGUUUGAACCUGUCGGCUCCUCUCACCGUCCAGCCYACAGUCACCUGUCAGCAGACCAUCAAAAUCCUCAAAGAGAAGGGCUUCGACCAGGCGCCUGUAGUGGACGAAACAGGGGUAAUCCUGGGAAUGGUGACUUUAGGAAACAUUUUGUCAUCGAUUCUCGCAGGGAAGAUCAAACUGUCCGAUUCUGUCAGUAAAGUCCUCUACAAGCAGUUCAGACAGAUCCGUCUGACUGACAGUUUGGGAAAGCUGUCCCGCAUCCUGGAGACUGACCACUUCGCUCUGGUGGUACACGAACAGAUUCAGUACCUGACAGACGGCUCCGCUGUCCUKAAGCAGAUGGUUUUUGGUGUGGUGACCGCCGUCGACCUGCUCAACUUUGUCACGGGCGUGGAGAAGAGAGAGCGCUCCAUGUCAGAGUCUACUGAUGAGAUGUGAUCAGCUCAAACAAUAAUCACAAACAAAUUAGCUAACAUGUCUUAAUUUCUCUUUUUCUUCUUCAGCUUGGGGUUAUUUUUGUUUUUAGUUAAAAUUUUGGUUCAUUUUUUAUUGUUUUAAAUCAGUCUUAAACCAGAACUUAGCAAAUUCUUAACAUUUUGUAGUUUGCAGCUUAUCAUAGUACAAACUUCUAGAGUUGGAAUUAAAUCUUUUGUAAGUUAAUAAUUAGCUGGCAGCUUUUUAUUUUUUUUAUAAGGGUUCGUUGAAGGUUUUUUGUGUUGUGCUUUCAUCUGAGAUGCAUGCAUAAGUUUUGCCUUAUGUAUAAAGCAUAAAAACAUUGAAGAACGUAAAGCCACGUUUUUCUGAAAUACAACAAAUAGAGUUGCUGUAUAUAGGCGUAUGUUGUCAGUGCUACUUUAUUUCCUUUUUUUAUUUCAGCACAAAGUCUGUAAUGUAACUGUGAAAGAAGUCUGGAUUGUUGAAUCUUAGCUUUGUCAAGAAGAUAAUAUUUUCUAAAGCUGCUUUGUUCUUUAAUGAAUGUGUGUGACUAAAUAAAGUUUAAACAAAGCCAUCCAUCCAUCCA